UUUGGCUCUGCUGACAUGGCCGACCUCCCAACUAAACAGAAACUGUGGGGUGGACGCUUUACUGGCAAGACUGACCCACUCAUGCACGAGUUUAACCAGUCACUGCGAUACGACAAGCGUAUGCACGCCGUGGAUAUUCGAGGAUCAAUAGCAUACGCCAAGGCAUUGACAAAAGUUGGCAUCCUUACGUCCGAGGAGGAGCUGAAGAUUGUCCAGGGUCUCCAGACUGUGGGCAAGGAGUGGGAAGACGGAGUGUUUGAGAUUAAAUCUGACGAUGAAGACAUCCAUACCGCGAACGAGCGGCGACUGAGUGAGCUUAUCGGCCCGUUAGGUGGCAAGUUACACACGGGUCGCUCGCGAAACGAUCAAGUCGCGACGGAUAUGCGUCUCUGGCUUCUUGAUCAGGUCAAGGAGAUUAAAUCUUGCCUGAAAGCCUUGAUUCGUGUCAUGGUCGAGCGUGCAGACAGAGAGAAGGACUACCUUCUUCCUGGGUAUACCCAUCUUCAGCGGGGACAGCCAAUUCGCUGGUCACACCUCCUUCUCUCGCAUGCUUUCUCGUUCCACGCUGACCUCCAACGCCUUCAACAGCUCAUUCCCCGCAUUUCUGUCUCGCCGCUAGGUUGCGGUGCUCUAGCGGGAAAUCCCUUCGUCGUUGAUCGCGAAUUUCUCGCAGCAGAGCUCGGCUUCCAGUCAGUCGCAGAAAACAGUCUGUGGGGCGUAGGAGAUCGAGAUUUCAUCGUCGAGUUUAUGAUGUGGGCGAGCUUGUCCAUGACACAUAUCAGCCGAAUGGCUGAGGACUUGGUUGUCUACUCUACUGCUGAGUUCGGCUUCGUAUCGCUGAGCGAUGCGUACAGCACUGGGUCGAGUAUCAUGCCCCAAAAGAAGAACCCGGAUUCACUCGAGCUCUUGCGGGGGAAGUCCGGCCGAGUCUUUGGUAACAUGGCUGGGUUCCUCAUGACUCUGAAAGGCCUCCCAUCGACGUACAACAAAGAUCUCCAAGAGGAUAAAGAGCCUCUCUUUGACGCCGUAGAUACCAUCUCAGCGUCAUUUAAAAUUGCAGAGGGCGUCAUCGCGACGAUGGAGGUACACGGCGAUAAAAUGCGCCAAGCCCUCACUAUGGACGUUCUCGCCACAGAUCUCGCGGACUAUCUCGUUCGAAAAGGAAUCCCCUUCCGCGAAACACAUCACAUUUCGGGACGCGCAGUUGCACUCGCCGAAUCUCGAAAGUGCCAGCUCAACGACUUGUCUCUGCAGGACUACCAGAGUCUCAACGAUGGGUUCUCCGACGAGAUUCAUUCUGUCUUCGACUUCGAGGCGAGCGUCGAGAGGCGGGAGUCUAUUGGAGGUACGAGCCGUAAAAUGGUCGAGAGGCAGAUCUCGGUGUUGCGGGUAGCCCUCCAAAAGUAGCUAGACUUGUAAUGCCUCCCCCUUGUAUGUUCGCGAUAUCGAAUGCAUACCGCUGUCC